UUGUGGCAGCCGCACGGUCCGGCCCCUUCCCCCCCUCCCCCUCUCCCCCCUCCUGGCAGGGUGACGCCAGCUCCCUCACCCCGCCCCGCUCACCUCCUUCCCCCGCGUUCAUCUCAUUCCUGCUCCCAUUCCGCGCAUAUUUCGCAUCCUUGGAGAGACGCGGCGCCUUUUACGCACUCGGAGAGUCCCGGAGCCCAGAGCGGAACCAGCACCGGCUCGGAAGACCCGCCCCUCCGGAACCGCGGAGAAGUGUGGGAUUAAACCCGGAGAGACGCGCGAGAGCCGAGCAGACGCCAGCGCAGGAUGGAGCGCGGCAGCUGGAGCGGCAGCGAGAGUCCGGGCGACGACAUGGACCGGCUCAGUGACUCGGGCGGAGACAAGACCAUGGACGGGGACCCCGAGGGGGUGUGGAGCCCCGACAUCGAGCAGAGCUUCCAGGAGGCCCUGGCCAUCUACCCGCCCUGCGGCCGGAGGAAGAUCAUCCUGUCGGACGAAGGGAAGAUGUACGGUCGUAAUGAGCUCAUCGCCAGGUACAUCAAGCUCCGGACAGGAAAGACACGGACGAGGAAACAGGUCGGUCUCACACACACACACACAGACACUCGGCAGGAAGUGACCCCUGCUGAGGGGGCGGGGCUCCACACCACGGUUGUCAGGGGCAGCCGCUGGCCUCUCAUCGCCAUGGCAACUGACCGUCGCUGCUCUGCUCCGCUGCAGGUGUCCAGUCACAUCCAGGUCUUAGCCAGGAGGAAGUCUCGGGAGUUCCAGUCCAAGCUGAAGGAGCACAGCACCAAGGAGAAGAAUCUGCAGAGCAUCUCCUCCAUGUCCUCGGCUCAGAUGGUCCCGGCCUCCGCCCUGCACAGCAAGCUGCUGCCGGGGAUCGUGCGCGCCAGUUUCCCCGGCAACACUCAGCUGUGGCAGGGCAUGAUCCCAGGAGAGCAGUCCGGCUCCAACACUGAAGACAUCAAGCCCUUCUCGCUCCAGACGCCGGGCGCCGCCACGCUGUCAGGCUACGAGCGUCCGGCGGCGGCUCUGGGCCUCCGGGAGCCGGCCUGGCGCGGCAGGUCCAUCGGCACCACCAAGCUGCGCCUGCUGGACUUCUCCUCCUUCCUGGAGACGCAGCGGGAGCAGGAGGCGUACCACAAGCACCUGUUCGUGCACGUCAGCCAGAGCGCCGCCGGCUACGGCGACCCGCCGCUGGAGUGCGUGGACGUGCGGCAGAUCUACGACAAGUUCCCCGAGAAGAAGGGCGGCCUGAAGGAGCUGUUCGCCAAAGGCCCGCAGGACGCCUUCUACCUGAUCAAGUUCUGGGCGGACCUCAACUACGGCGCCGGCGAGGACCCCGCCGCCUUCUACGGCGUCAGCAGCCAGUACGAGAGCUCGGAGAACAUGACCAUCACCUGCUCCACCAAGGUCUGCUCCUUCGGCAAGCAGGUGGUGGAGAAGGUGGAGACGGAGUACGCUCGGCCCGAGAGCGGCCGCUUCGUCUACAGGAUCAGCCGCUCACCCAUGUGCGAGUACAUGGUCAACUUCAUCCACAAGCUCAAGCACCUGCCCGAGAAGUACAUGAUGAACAGCGUCCUGGAGAACUUCACCAUCCUGCUGGUGAGGGGCGGGGGGCCGGCGUGCCAGCCAGGUCACGUGACGCGGUGCUGUGUGCAGGUGGUGAGCGACAGGGAGACGCAGGAGACGCUGCUCUGCAUGGCCUGUGUCUUCGAGGUGUCCAACAGUGAGCACGGAGCCCAGCACCACAUCUACAGGCUGGUCAAGGAGUAGCCCGGGGCCCCAACACCGGGCGCGUCCCGUGCUGCGAGGACGCCGCCCCUGAGCCGGCCUGGUCUCGGACCCACCCACCCACAAGCGCGACCGCGGCAGGACCAGCGCGUGGCCGCCUCUCCUCCCGACCCGCUGUGUGGAGUCUGCAGUCCUGCUGUGACCCCGCCGAACGCGCCCAUCGGUCAAGUCAAGACCAGAGGGUGCCGGAAGGCGGCCAGCAGGGGGCGCCGGGUGCUCGGCGGAUGCCUCCUGGCUCUGUUUCCGAAUCUUCUGCAGCUUCAGGUUUGAGACUUGAGAGAGGUUUGACACCAACUGAAGGAGUCUCAGUCACCCGCGCUGUGACUCACGUCGUCCGUGUUGUGGGCCGCUCUGACUCACACACACGUGGCCUUGACUCCUCUGGCGAAGUUGAUGACACAUGUUUGACUCGAUUCAAGAGCCAGAAGAGGCGCGAGCUCCAUCUUUUCUAGCUUUGUAGACUUUGUACUCAAUAAAUGUCUGACGUCACGCGCGCGCGGGUCGAUCACCAGUAGGUGGCGCACUCGCUCCAGGAAGGCCCAGUCACGUGUCUGCAGGAGUCUGCUCUCUGAUGACGUCACGCUUCUGCUCAGCACACCGGAUGCGCACGCACGUCACGUGUCUUCACCUCCUUCCGACUGGGUGUGUUUGUGUUACGAGCGCAACGCAGUUAUGGUGACGUCACGUGUCGCGUGGACUGCGUACUUCCCGUGUGUGAACACCAGAGGGCGCCAUGGCGCUCCACACCCCGGGGCGGGAGGCAUCAGGAGGCUCGUCCUGCUGAGGGGCCCCUGGUCCUGAGGACUGGGGCCGGAAAUGACGCCACAGGGGAGGAAACAGGGCCGAGGACCUUCUCCUUCACUCACUGCCACUGUCAGCGGCGUCACCAGAGGGCGCUGACCUCGGCAGUGGUCAGGAGCUGAAGGAGAAGCAGCCGCAGCUCCACCCCCAGAAGAGGCGGCCGCCAAUGAUCGGAGCCAGAGCCGCCUGGGUUCUUCCCGCUUGGAACUCGGUUCCGGA